UAGGGAGAAGUCUGAGCCAGUAGGUAUUACUGGGAUAUUGGGUACUAAAUUGAAUACUACAGAAAUCGAGCGCCAUGCGGAGUGCUUGAUUGCUAUGGAUCCCCGUACGCAGAUGACCAAAUUAAAGGCGCCCAGGCUGGAUCCAGAAGACGAAGGGAAACCGAAGUCGCAAGCUCGCGGGAAGGUCUUGGAGGAUAAGUCGUUCAUCUUCGAUAAUUCUUUCUGGUCACACGAUACAAACGACGAUCAUUAUGCCCACCAGGAGGAUGUUUACAAUUGCUUAGGAGAGGAAUUUCUGGAUCAUAACUUCGAAGGAUAUCACACCUGUAUUUUCGCCUACGGCCAGACGGGUUCCGGCAAGAGUUACACCAUGAUGGGUACCCCGGAGCAACCGGGCUUAAUCCCACGGACCUGCGAAGACUUGUUUCAACGCAUAGAGGGUGUUCAAUCGCCCGACAUCAGCUUCAACGUCCGCGUCUCCUACUUCGAGGUUUACAACGAGCAUGUGCGCGACCUGCUGGUGCCCCGGACUGACCCACCUCAUUACCUUCGGAUCCGCGAGUCGCCCUCCGAGGGGCCUUACGUGAAGGACCUCACGGAGGCGACGGUUAAGAAUUUCGCCGAACUCAUGAAAUUCAUGCGCAAAGGUGAUGCUUCUCGCACAGUGGCUAGCACCAAAAUGAACGAUACCUCGUCCCGGUCUCAUGCGGUCUUCACGAUCACCUUGAAACAAAUCCAUCACGACCUAUCCACCGACGAGACGACGGAGCGCACGGCACGGAUUCGCCUGGUUGACCUGGCAGGAUCGGAACGAGCUAAGUCGACUGAAGCGACCGGGCAGCGAUUACGCGAAGGGUCUAAUAUCAACAAGUCCCUGACGACCUUGGGCCGAGUGAUUGCGGCCUUGGCAGAUCCCAAGCCAGGCCGAUCCGGCAAACGGAAAGGCAAGGACGUUGUCCCGUAUCGCGACUCGAUCCUCACCUGGCUGCUCAAAGACAGCCUGGGCGGCAACUCCAAGACCGCCAUGAUUGCGUGCAUCUCUCCCUCGGACUACGAGGAGACCCUUUCCACGCUCCGCUACGCAGACCAAGCGAAACGCAUCCGCACUCGCGCUCGCGUCAACCAGGAUCACUUGUCUGCGGCUGAGCGCGACAAACAGAUCGCAGAAAUGGCGGAGACCAUCCGUACGCUGCAGCUCAGUGUCAGUCAGGCGACAGCAAACCGUCGGGAGAGUGAGAUUCAAAACGAGAAGCUAGAGGAAUAUCAGCAGAAAGUGGAGAAGCUGCAGCGAUUAAUGGAGGAGACAAAGAUGGUUAGUGAAUGCAAGAUUAAGCAGCUGCAGACGGAGAAUGAAGCCCUGCGCAAUCACUUGAAAUUGGCACUCGAUAGUUUGAAGAACCCGAUCCCACCCGUGACAGUCGAGAAACGCAGAAGCCGAGGCAGUCUUUCCCCCGUGGAUGAAUACGACAAGGAAAAUCAGCCUGGAUCGCCAACCUCAGAUGUGGAGCCAGAGCCUGACUUGAUCUGGGAGGACGAGGAUACAAUUCGUAUUAAGGGUCGUGAACUUGAAGCUCACGACAUGCAGGCUGAUAUGGAGGAUCUACUUAUGGAUAUCAACCUGUUCAAGAGGAAGCUGGCCUCCGAUCACGAGCGAUUCCGGGCAUCUCAGAAACAGGGAAGCCGGAAACGACGGCGAGCGCUGGGGGAUGUCUGGACGAAUAACCGAUGAGUGUGGCCGGCUAGGCCUGCAGGGCGGCUUUUUGAUUGUUGGGCGCUGCGGAAUAUGGUGUUUGGGUUCGGGUUCUGGUGGCAGAUUGCUUUUCGCCUGUUUCUUCUUACUUGAUAUCUGGUAUGGGUUUGUUUGUUUCGUGUUGGUGGAAAUAUUUGCUUUUUGAUCGGUAUUCUUCUUUUUCUGCGAUGAAUGAUGAGCCUAUGGUAUGUCAGGAUAUCGGGAUGCGACGCAUGAUUGAAUGAUUGACUGAUGUUGAAUAAUUUGGAGAUUGAAUAGAGCAAGGGAUGCACGACCUGAUGAUUUGGAAUAAAUAUGACAUUAUAGCGUAGAAUGACAUGCUUUAAA